AUGCGUGGAGUUGGGACAGUACUGGCCCUAUGCGCCUCGCUGUUGGUGCCGGAAGUCUCCAGUCGGUCGUUAUUUGCACGAGCUAUAUGCUCUACAAACCUCCUUAUUGACAAUUACUCCAAAUACUCCAGUCAUCAAAACUCUCUUGGAAGUUGGACGAGUGAUGAUGGCUCGAUGACUUCUCUUACGGCCUCAACCGCCAAUAAGAAGUUGACCUUCACGCCAAAGACCGAUGGCUCGUCAUACUUUUACACAACUUUCUCGAACUGUAUCUCGGCCACUGCUGAUCGCUAUAACGCCAUAACGUUCCCCUUCAAGGGUCCCGCUGGUGGCUCUUUCACCCUCGAGCUUCAGACAGCCAGCAGCUGCCCGGCUGCUUAUACAAGCUAUUACUAUGACGUCACUGGCCUUACCGGUUCUACCCAAACCAUUACCGUCCCAUUGUCGUCCUUUCCCGGCGCCAACUUGGCCGUUAUCAAAGCGUGGGCAUGGUCCGGGUUCAGCGCUGCUGGAAGUUGGGAGCUCGGCGAGACUAGCUUUGUGUGCGCUGGCGGUCCUACCAGUGCUCCGGUUAGCUCUACGACCUCCACUUCCUCUAGUAGUAGCUCUACUCGCUCUACGACCUCCACUACCUCCACUACCUCCACUAGCUCUAGUAGCUCUAGUAGUUCUACUCGCUCUACUACCUCUACUACCUCUACUACCUCUACUACCUCUACCCCUACUACCUCUACCGGCACCACCGGUACCACCAGCACUAGCAGCACUAGCAGCACUACCCGCCCUACUAGCACCACUAGCACCACUAGCACCAGUAGCAGCAGUAGUAGCAGUAGUAGCACCCGUACAACUAGCACCACUAGCACAUCCAGCGGGACGGGGACUUCUACCACUUCUAGCAUUGUACCGUCAGGCACUUGCCAGCCCCUUCUCAUCGACGACUGGGCAUCGCAGUCCCGCUUGACCUUCCUCUUCUACAAUGCCAUGAACCAACCCUCCUCCGACGAUGGAACCAUGACAUCCAUUGUUGUCGCCAACAACCGCGUGACACUCACGCCAAAGUCGGGAUCGUACUUCUACUCCAGCUUUGGUUGCGUGAGCGCCGCCAACAGGCAUGGAGGUAUCAGUCUCCGGAUCAAGGCCGCUGCGGGCACCACAUUUACUGUCCAGAUGCAAUCGAGCGCAACCUGCUCCACAGGUGCCUUCAACCCAUACGAUAGGACAACCGCACAAUUGGGAUGGACAUUCGACGGCACCGAGAAGCUAUACAACAUCCCGUUCUCGUCCUUCUCGGGACUUGACACUAGCAAGUUAGUGUCCAUCCUCUUUAUCUCGUUCAACAACAAACCCGUGACCUUUGGACCAAUGGCGUUCUACUGCGGAAAUACUCCGACGGAAUAUAUCCUCCCGCCAACACCCACCGGCAGUGACCCGACGUCGACUGUUCCAGUCACUAGCUCCACCGCUAGCGCACUCGUCAUUGACCAGUUCGCAAACCCAGACACCAAUGCCCUCGGCUUCUGGCACGGGGGAGACGAUCCAAGUCAAUACCGUAUCUCUGGUGGCAAGCUCACUGUCAACUUUCAAGACACGGAUUAUUCUUUCUAUUCCCAAAUAUCCGCCUCCUGUCGCGACAUGAGCUCCUUCGAGAGUUCAUACCUACACAUCGCGUAUACCGGUUCAAACCUCUUCACUGUGUCUCUUCAGCAACACAAUAGUGGCUGUAACGAGGCGGUGGCACCGUACCCAGAAACAUGGGACGACGUGGAGGCCCGCAGGUACUCUUCCGCAUCAGAUAUAUACAUCCCCAUCAGCCACUUCAACAUUGUCAAAUCCCGAGUCAUCGGCGUAGCAUUGAAGGCUUUCCAAACGAGUACCUCCACCGUCAUCUCCCGCAUCGAGAUUGCCAGCACCGUCCCGCCAUCCUUCACCGGCAGCAUCUCCGCCAAAAUCCCCACAGCCCCACUCCUCUUCGCAUGCAAGCGCCCCAAUAGCUUCGCUUUCGCCAUCGACGACGGAGUCCCGGAACUCGCUCAGCAAGUGAUGAAAAUCAUCAACGAUGAGAACAUCAAAGUCACCUUCUUCACUGUCGGAGCACCGCUGCGGGACCCCAGUACCAAUAUGUCAAACGUGUACACCGAGAUGCUCGCGCGCGGGCACCAAGUCGCCCUCCACUCCUACACACAUCCAAAGAUGGAAUCCCUCCCAUCAGAGGCGGCCAUCGACUGGGAACUGCAACAGGACAUAACAGCCGUUCAAGAAACACUCCACACCAGCAGCAAGUACUUCCGCCCGCCAUUCGGUAACACAGGAGCGCGGUCGCGGCAGCGGCUCCAGGCGAUCAUCCCUGGCUCACAGGUAAUCCAUUGGAGCGUGGAUUGCGAGGAUUGGCUGUGGGCUACUACCUCCACACCAGAGAAGCAGCUUGACGCGUUCAGGCGGGACGUGAAUAAGGGGGGAAAUCUGGUCGUUAUGCAUUACUUGUACCCGUCCACUGUGAACUAUCUUAAGCAGUUUAUUCAGAUCGCGAGGGCUACCGGAAAACAGUUGAUGAGGGUUGAUCAGUGUAUGAUGGAUCCGAAUGCGCCGCCUUUGUAA